GCGAGUCGUGACAAAGAAACAGGUCCGGGCUGCCGCGACUGUCAUAGGGUCGGGCUGUAACAGUUGGCUAGAAUACCUAACUGCAUUUUCUGGCGGUCCAAUGGAACCCGACACGAUGGGGCCACAACCGACCACGGGCGAAGCGGGAGAGGAGUACAGGGCAUCGCCCGAUCGAGCACUGAGGGAUCUGAAGGAACGAAUUAGGCAAGAAGCACCGCUGAGAUGGGUUGGCCAAACCAAUGACGGAGGUCCCGACAUGAGAGGCGAACCAGUUGCGACAAAGCCGCAGGAGGCUCUAAAGACGGGUACCUCGAGCGGACGACGAGAAGCGACGAGGCGGCGCUCCCCCGAGUACGAGCGGAGGGACACCAUAGCGGACAGAAUAUCUGGAAAAGAGAACCUCGUUGAGCUUUACAAAUUAGAGGAUAACAAGUAUUCCAUCAAGGACCUUGAAACAAUGACUCAAGAUGAAGAUGAGAGCGUACGGGCAUUUGGGAUGCGUUUCCAAAAGAUCUCCGACGUGCUGAUGAAGAAGGGGAAGAUCUCAGAGGUCGAGCGCUGUACUAUCUUCAUCGGACACUUGUCCAAAGGUAGGCAAAAGAGUAUACUUAGAGAUCUUCCGCGCGACAGGCUUGAUUUCCCAGAAGUCCUAAAGCUCGCGAUAAAGGCAGAGGCAGACGAUUACAAGGACUUGGUGUGGAAAGGGAUAAGGAGACGUGACUUCUCUCUCUACAAGGAGUAUGCCACUGAUAGAUGUCAUGAUUUCAAGGAUUAUCCCUGGUCAGAGAAGAAUGAGGCUGUGGCUGAGGAAGUGAAGGAGAUACGGGACAUGGUGAAGGGAUUAACGAGACAGGUUACAGAGAUUGUGACCGCCACAGGGGCCACGGCCUACCGGGACAAACCUGGAGGGUCUUAUUCGCUUCGCUGGGACCGUAGGAACAACGAUCCCUGGAGGAGUGUCGAGGAUAGAAAUCCUCGGACGCUGACUGAUUAUAGUACGAGGGGAAGAGAGAGAGACGAUGAAUCAUGGCGACGUAGGGACGAUGAGAUAGACCGAGACCACAGGGAACGCGAGCUGUUUGUGCGAGCAAGGAGGCUAGAUGAUUACCAGCGAAGCCCUCGCUAUGAGGCCGAUCGGGGUAGAGGCGACUCCCGCGGCCGAUGGGAGACAGAACAGGGCCGACGAGAUGGAUAUAGGGACGACAGAUACGAGAGAUCGGACCGAGAUGGAUAUAGGGACGACAGAUACGAGAGGCCGGACGACAGGCCAUCUACUCCCAGGAACUCAUGCGUCCAUUGUAGAGGAGAAGAUCAUAUCAAGAGGGAUUGCCCGGACCUCAAACGGGCAAUAGAUGAGGGACUUGUCGUGCUUGACGACCGCAAGUACGUCAAGUGGGCAGAUGAUCUGGGAGAUGUAUCGAUGUUUCCUUCGAUGAAGGAGAAUGUCGAAGCAAGGAGAAUAAAGACGAGUAAAGGAAUGGAGUCGAUCAGGAGCCAGAGCAUCAAGAUAAUCUUUGAGGGGGAUAUCGCGACCACACCCAUAAGGGUGGCAGCCACCAAGUCGGCAAGAGGGUCUACAUCGAAGAAGAYUGACACGGAUUACGUGAUAACGGAGAAGGACGGGCAGCGGGUCGAUGGAGAGGAGGUUAUCCUUUCGCCGCGAAAGAGGGGAGUGAAGAAGUUCUUAAUGAAGAGUUCGCUGGACGGGAUUGACACGGUUGAGCCACUGAGGCGGGCCCUUCGGCGACCAAUGCAGUGUUCUAUUCUGGAGUACCUGGCGGCAUCGAAGCCGGCUCGUGAUGAAUUACAGAUGAUCACGCGGAAGACUCGCAUACCUCUAUCAGAGGAGGGUCAGGGGGCCCCUAAAGUGGAAACUUCUACAGUAGCUGUAACGGGGGUGACUGCCAGAGCGGAUCGCAUGGCGACAGUCCUUCUAGAUGGGAUGGAAGGUGUGCCUCCAGACAAGUUUUAUAUACUUGGUAGCGGGGCCGUGGAGACGAUUAUAAACAAUGGAGCGAUACUCGAUGCUGUGAUUGAUAACGGCAGUGAGGCUGUCAUCAUAGACGAGGACCUGGCAGUACAAGUUGGACUGGGCCUCAAUAGGUCAUACCUAUUCGAGAUAGAGACGGCUGAUGGGAGAAAGCAACAGAUCACUGGGGUUUGUCACAAGGCAGCCAUAGAGGUCCAAGGGAUAAGAGUGACCCUGCCUGUCUUUGCAGUCAAAAACUGCAGCUCCGACCUGCUCCUGGGUCGAACGUGGCUGAGCCACGUGCAUGCGGUGACAAUAGAGCGACCUGAUGGGAGCCAAACAUUGUCCAUUAGGAAACCAGACGGGACGCGGGUAAUGAUUGAGACAGUGGAGCCUUGGAAUCCGAGGAACAGAGCAGCUCUCGCUGUGGGUGCGAGACCCAGUGAUCAGAUUAAGUCGUUACCUAUCUCCGGCCGCGCCGUGCGAUUUCGCGAGAAGAGAUAUGGACCACUGCUCACAGAGGAAGAAGGUCGGAUCGUGGAGGUGGAAGAUUUAGGAAGUCGGUUAAUAGUGGACGGCAACUCGUAACCAAAGGAAAAAGAUGAGGAAUUUGGCGGUGUGGUAUCCGUGUCUUUUUUAAGGGCACGGCCCCCUAUGGGGGGCUACCCAAGCGACACAAGCGAGUAGCUUAAAAAGUUAAGCCAGCGGCGGUGGGCCGCGAGCGAUCGGCACUGGAAGGGGUAUCAGAAGAAGAGAUCGCGAAAGAAAUCAAAGAAAGAAAGAAAAAGGAGCCACAAYGCCUAACAGAAGAGAGAAUAGCAGGGAUGGACAUCGGAGAUGGAAAUCUGACCCCACAGGAGCGAGGGCGUGUGAUAGAAAUUCUUAAGACAUGUGAUAAAGCCAUAGCUUUAAG